AGCAGAUUCCAAGGAAUGCCUCCGAAGAACUUAAACCAGGCACGUCGGUGACCGUGUCGUCCAUCACGGGAAAUGGCGUGGGUCCUAAAACCCUCAGCCAAUCGCAAAAAACUUCCGACUUUGAUGCAAAUGCAAAUAAAACAGAGACGAAUGAGGAUCUUAAUCGACCGCGGCUUAUAUCAUCGUCAGAUCAUGGCAACAACAUAUUGCCUUUGUCGGAGCACGAAACCACUGUGAUGUCGAGAGAUUCGCCGGGCAGAGAGCAAUGUGUGCUCAUUCGGAGACUUCCUGAAUCCACAGCUACUGCCUCCAAAGUGCGGGUCUCGGCAGACCUGCAAAUGUUCCAAUGCCUACUCAACGAACUUCUGCGCCCCAAUGAGGAAGUUUCGGUUCUCAAGCCUUAUAGUCUUGGAAAGCGCUCAAUCGCUCUAUCAGUGUAUUCACGUCCCCGAUCACUGAAGAUUAAGUUAGCCAACCAAGUAGGACUUAUUCUCUCACAACUAUUCCGAAUCAAAUACACCAACCGCGGCUUUUUUUCAGCCGGACUACACACCGUCUGAGAGAAUAAAACGUUUCAAUUAGUUUUGGAAACGAGAACAAGGUUGCAGAAUGGCGAGACGGAUCUCCUGAUCUACAGCGAUCAGAAAGUUCAGGGCCCUUCCCUAAUCCGUUGCACCGAACCGGUCCGGAUGAGGGCACAAUAGGUUCCUUAAAUGAGAUCUCAAGCGGCACCAUAAUCAAAUGCCCCAAAAGUAUGAAACUAACAUUGUUGACACCAACGUACAUAGUAUACUGUCCAAGUUAGACAAACUGAAGAUCCAUAUCUGUGAACUUUCCUUUUGCCUUGUCUCUUUGACAGAAUCCGGGCUGUCUGAAAACGUGGAUGACCGUGAAUUAAUGCUACCAGGAUUUCACUUGUUUCGAAGAGACAGGAGGGAGCGUCAGGGAGGAGGGGUCGGCACGUAAGUAAAACACGGCCUGCUCGUAUCAGAAAAAAACAGAACAGUUUGCAUGCAGCGCCGAGACUAUCUGUCUCAACAUAAGGGUACCAGGAUCACAUAGCCUUGAAGUUCUGGCCGUCUAUUGACCACGGAGCAGUGACCCCGAGGCUGACGCUCGUCUGUUAGAGGAGCUAGGACGAUUUGCCCUCUGGCCUGACGUCCUAAUUAUGGGCGCCAUUAAUGCACCGCUCAUUGACUGGAGUUCACUAUACGCGCGCGGCCCAGAACUAGCUUUCGACCGACGCUUCUUGGACAUGGCACUCAGGUCAUUUCUCAUCCAGCACGUCCUGUUUCCAACGAGGGUGCGUGAGGGGCAGCAGUCAAACUACUUUGACCUCGAGCUCACAAAAUCGAUGGCCAGAAUAGAUGAGGUGCAAGGUCUGACUCGUCUAGGUCGAAGCCAUCAAGUCGUACUUCAAUGGGGCAAUUCAAUCUUUUCCGUGCCUGAACAGCCCACCAAAAUUAGCAGAAAUAUUUGACGUGGGGACUUCGAACAAAUGAAGGCCGAAAUCAACAAUACGGACUGGGAAUUAGCAUUUUCCCAAAGUAGCGGUGGAUUGGAAAUUGUUCAGUGAAUUAUUGCAUGUUCUCUUGACAAACCACUGCCCGUUCUCACGGAAGGGUCUAAACAAUCGACCCCGGUGGCUGACCCUGGCGUUAAAACUGGUGGUAAAUAAAAAGCGGAGAUUGUGGUAGAAGGCUCUUACCGAUGGGAAUCCUGUAUCCAUAAACGCAUACAAACCGCAGAAGAACUCAGUCAAGCGACUUCCUUUCAGGACACGGCACACAUUUGAUAAAGACAUACUUAAUCGUGCUGUGGAAAAUCCGCAAUUAUUCUACAGCUACAUAAGAAGCAGCACAUGGAACAGAAAUCCAAUCCCCCUCCUGAAGACAAGCGGAGACGUAGAGAUUAGUGAGUAUGGAGAAAAAACUGAGCACAUUUCACAAUUUUUCAAAUCGAUCUUUACUAGCGAAAGCGCAUUUCCUCCUCGCGACUACGACUUCGAUGAGGGUCCAAAAAUUGAGUCUGCAUCUUUAAAUGAAGUGACGGUUCGUAAAGGGCUAGUGAUGCUAACUGAGUCGAAAUCACCAGGUUCAGACGAUAUACCGCCUAAGUUACUGAAGCAGCUCGCUGCUGAACUAGCCAAACCAUUGUCCAUGCUUUUCCAAGCCUUGUUCGAAGCCGGCUGCUUGCCCACCGACUGGAAAUAUGUGCGGAUCACACCACUGUAUAAAGGAGGCAGCAAGGCCUCUGCAAACAAUUACAGGCCACUUAGCCUAACUUCCAUCUGCUGCAAACUCAUGCACAAAAUAAUCAAGCGAAAGCUAAUGCGCUUCCUAGAGCAGCGUAAUUUAUUAUCUGAUGCGCAGCAUGGGUUUCGUAGUGGCAGGUCUGGCGUGAUUAACUUGCUCAACUGUUUGGAACGUUAUACUCGGUCAGUUUAUGAAGGCAAUGCGCUGCAUGUAAUCUAUAUCGACUUGAAAGAGGCAUUUGACAGUGUCCCACAUCAGCGACUCCUCCACAAACUGAGCCGAACAGGCGUUAGGGAUAACCUCUUCAAAUGGAUUCAAAGAUUUCUAUUUGGCCAUUCUCAAACUGUCCAUGUCGGUGGCCAGCAGUCGGCGGAGGUUGCCGUUGAAAGCGGUGUUCCCCAAGGCUCAGUUCUUGGUCCUACUUUGUUCAUUAUUUACGUCAACGAUUGCGUGAAUGAACUGGAUUGUGGUAUCGCCAUGUUCGCUGAUGAUAUUAAGCUCUGGAACGUUAUUCGAACUGCAGAUGACGAAGAGCAUUUUUAGGCGAACCUAAGACGACUCCAACAGUGGUCAAAGGACUCACUUCUGCACACCAUACGACCGCUGUACAACUCUUAGUAUCAUUAACAUUCUAGACAGUUUGUUUGCCUGUACUGAGCUGGCGGUUUUCCGAUUAUUCGUUAUCUUUUUGGUACAUUUUCCAGUUUUUAAGAUAUUGCAGUUACGGUUUAUUCACGGAUGCGCACAUUUUUCGAAGAUGCGCGUGAUCAGCAUACUGGCAGGAAAAGUGACAUCUGGGUAUCAUACUCAUUAGUUAUAAAUUUAUAUUUAUCUGCAGUAGGUGGAAAUUGAAACGUAUUCCUUGUUCGAAGUGUCAUGCCUUCUGCAAGGACGUUAUAUUCUACUGAGGGAAAUUAAAUGGCAUAUCGACAAGUCGUUUAAAGUAGACACUGAAGAAAUCCGAUCCAAAAUUGGUUGCCAAUUGGCCAUAUAUCGCUGUCUAUGGCAUAGGAAGUUGAUUUAUUAGUUUCGAUGAACUGAAACCCGAUAAUGUUUUUUUGUCCCACAGCAUAUAAUGAGAUUAAAACUAUACACAGAGAAUGUUAGUGUCGUUAAGCAAACUAUAUUUGGAAUCCAACUUCGUAGAGGAUUCGCACGCUUCUGUUUCCGAAAUUUCUCAGAAGUCGCGUAUGUAAGAAUGUUUUGGGAAAAUAAACUCACGCGAGAUUAAAACAACACUGUUGGCAAUGGAGAGGUCAGGUACAAUAUCGCCAAAAUUGUAACUGCCCAUGCGGUAAGGAGGCAAACCAUCUGACAGUUCGACCAUCGGUUUUGAUGAUGUCCACCGUGUGCCCCACAGUUGCAGCAGCAAUGGGAGCAGAGACGGUGACUUACGCAGGGGUUUUAGUGCCGUUAGACUUGCGUAGCAUCUACCUACACUCUCUCCUCCUCCCUCGCCCGAGCCCGGUGUCAAGACAGAGUCCAGAAGACCGGGGACGAGGGAGGCCGCAGGUGGAUGGCUCGGACGGAUCCUCACCUUGGCGUUCAACCACACCCCCUGGUCCACACAACAAAUGACCAGAAUUUCAACCAACACAACAGAGAUUUGGAGACUGGCACGGCCGAAGCCGCACCUGGGCGUGCCGCCAACGCCUGGCUCGGAUCCCACACUGUGAUGGGAGUGUCAUAAAGGCCACAUUAAAAAGGAGCCAUUGCAGCCUGAAUCUCAGACCGCCUACAGUCAAGGAGGAUGUCCAAGUUACCCCGUCAGUUGGCAACCUUCCAAGCCACGGCUUUUAGCACUCCGUGAUAGCUUCAAGCGCGUCAGAUUGUUUAUAGUGAGAGGGAACUGCACUGAGUCGACGUCCUCACUCUCCCUUCCCACUCCCACACCCCAGCCGCUGUCCGAGCCGGUCAGCAGACUGGAAUGGGGAAUGGGCGCGGUGGCUGUCAUGGUCGACUGACCAUAACUGCGCGCGCCACGGCAUGACCUGGACCCCCAUACCCAUAACACCAGGAUUUCACACAACGGGGGUUGAACGGCGUGUCUCUCACUUGCGUGAGAGUGCCGCCGAAGGUGCUGUUUCAGCCCGUUCCCAGCCCACCGCUCCGCCACUCCACACAACACACACACAACGCGACGAAAGGCGUGAACCGAGAGCGGGCGUCAAUAAGCAAACUUCCUAUCCACGACGCUUGACGUUUCGGGAUAGUCUCAGACUCGAGUCGUUCGCACAGCCGGAGCCGCAUGGGGACCGAGUCGAGAUGUGGACUGCCCACUUGCGUGGGAGGUGGCAGUUGGAUGCAUGAUGUGUGUGACUGUUGAUUUCUGGUGGGGUGAUGAUGGUGGUGGUGGUGGAGGGGGUAGGGAGUGAGUGAAUGUGUGGUGUGACCGGCGGUUGUCUACCGAAGGUCGUCGUGGAUGCGCAUGUGGCGGAAUAGGCCCAUGCGAUGCGUGAAUGUGAGAGGGCAGUGUGGGGAGUUGAGACGAGCUUGGUGGGUAUAGGUGGGUGCUCCAGGCACUGGUUUGCCAGUCUCUGACCGACCAGGCCGAUGCGCGAGGUGAAUGUGCGUGGACAGUGUGGGCAUGAGAAGUCGGCGGUGUCAGUGUCAGCCACAGAGGAGGCGGUGGUGGUGGUGGCGCAUACGGAUGGAGCGAGGGCGGGGGUGUGCACGGUUGAUGUGUUGGAUGUGGUGGGUGUGUCGAGAGUGCGGUGAAGGCCGCACUCGUGGAUGCGCAUGUGGCCGAAAAGGCCCAUGCGAAGCCUGAAGGUGCGAGGGCAGUGUGGGCAGUGGAGGCGAGUGCGGCGGAUGAAGGUUGGUGCUUCAGGCAGUGGUUCGUCAGUCUCUGUGCGAUGGAUUCGCAAGUGACCGACCAGGCCGAUGUGUGAGGUGAAGGUGCGGUCACAGUGAGGGCAGGUUUAGUCCAGAUCCUCAUCGCUAGAUUUGAAGCAGGUGGUGAUAGUGUCGGCUGUUGCGCGCGGGACAGUCGCCUGAGCGGCCGUCGUUUGAGCAGUGGGCGAGGAGGAGGAGGAUGAGGAGGAGGAGGAGGAGGAGGAGCAGCAGCAGCAGCAGCAGCAGGAGGAGGAGGAGGAGAUGGCGUGGAAGGAAGUGGUGGGUCAGAAGAAUUUUUAG